CGGUGGCUGACGCGGGACAGAGGCUUGGCAGGGGGCGCGCUGUCGUGGAAGGUCCUGGGGCCGCCCGGGGAGUGGGCGGGCUGGGGCCGCGCGGGGCGGGGGCGCGGGGCAGCGGGCGGCCCCUCGGCUGGCCCGGCCUCUGGAGCCCCAGCUGCGCCCUGCCACCGCUGGCCGCCGCGCACACCCGGCUCGCCCGCUCCCUCGGAGGUCACGACCACUGCGGGCAGGCUUUGCUGCAGAUUGGGAUCAACAUGAUGGCGUUGCCUGGAGGCCGCCACCUGGACUCCAUCCCUCUGCCGGGUCAGCGGCUGCACCUGAUGCAGGUGGACUCGGUCCAGCGCUGGAUGGAGGACCUGAAGCUCAUGACCGAGUGUGAGUGCAUGUGCGUCCUGCAGGCGAAGCCCAUCAGCCUGGAGGAAGAUGCACAGAGUGACCUCAUCCUGGCCGGCGGCCCUGGCCCCGGAGACCCCCUGCAGCUGCUUCUCAAGAGGGGCUGGGUCAUCAGCACUGAGCUGCGCAGGAUCGGGCAGAAGCUGGCCCAGGACCGCUGGGCACGCGUCCACAGCAUGAGUGUGCGUCUGACUUGCCAUGCCCGCUCCAUGGUCAGCGAGUACAGCGCUGUCAGCAGGAGCUCCUCGCAGGAGAUGGGCCAGAUUGAGAAACUGCUAAUGGAGAAAUGCUCAGAGCUCUCAGCGGUCACAGAGAGGUGCCUCCAGGUGGAGAAUGAGCACGUCCUGAAGUCGAUGAAGGCCUGUGUGAGUGAAACCUUGAGCACACUGGGCCAGCACUUUGGCCAGCUGCUGGAGCUGGCCCUGACCCGGGAGGUACAGGCACUGGUGAGAAAAAUCAAUGCCUCAGACAAUAUCUACACCACGGAAUCCACCACAGGGAACCUGUUCAGCCUGACCCAGGAGGGGGCUCCCUUGUGCCGCAUCAUCGCCAAGGAGGGUGGUGUCGUAGCCCUCUUCAAAGUCUGCCGGCAGGAUAGUUUCCGGUGCUUGUACCCCCAGGCGCUCCGCACGCUGGCCUCCAUCUGCUGUGUGGAAGAGGGUGUCCACCAGCUGGAGAAGGUGGACGGCGUUCUUUGCCUGGCCGACAUCCUGACCGAUGACAGCCACUCAGAGGCCACACGGGCUGAGGCUGCGGCUGUGGUUGCCCAGGUCACCUCCCCACACCUGCCCUUUACUCAGCACCUCGGCAGCUUUCUGGAGAGCAUGGAAGAAAUCGUGACAGCUCUUGUCAAACUGUGCCAAGAGGCGUCGUCUGGGGAAGUCUUCCUGCUGGCUUCUGCGGCCCUUGCCAACAUCACCUUCUUUGACACGAUGGCCUGCGAGAUGCUUCUGCAGCUGAAUGCCAUCCGUGUCCUCCUGGAAGCUUGCAGCGACAAGCAGAGAGUGGAUACGCCUUACACCCGGGAUCAGAUUGUGACCAUCUUGGCAAACAUGUCUGUCCUGGAGCAGUGUGCCUCUGACAUCAUUCAGGAGAACGGGGUCCAGCUUAUCAUGGGCAUGCUGUCCGAGAAGCCAAGGUCUGGAACCCCUGCCGAGGUGGCGGCUUGUGAGCGAGUCCAGCAGAAGGCUGCUGUGACCCUGGCCCGUCUCAGCCGAGACCCAGCUGUGGCACGGGAGGCCGUGCGGCUGAGCUGUAUGUCCCGGCUCAUCGAGCUCUGCAGAUCGCCCUCUGAGAGGAACAGCAGUGAUGCUGUGCUUGUGGCUUGCCUGGCUGCUCUGCGUAGACUGGCUGGAGUUUGCCCAGAAGGCCUCCAGGACUCCGACUUCCAGCAACUGGUCCAGCCCCGGCUUGUGGACUCUUUCUUACUCUGCAGCAACAUGGAGGAGAGCUUUGUGUAGGAAGGGUGGGAGAGGAAAGCCAUUUGGCCCCCGUCUCAUGCCCCCUCUGAGUACAUUCCUGCGAUCAACCUGAGUACCCGUCAGCUCCCUCACCUCUUUAUUUAUACUUAAUUUAUUUUUUACAUGAAAUGGACAAGGGCUAAAUACUCUAGUAACAUCAGGCAGUCUGUGGUCCUAGGAGUCUUUUUUGUUUGUAUUUUUGACUUCUGUGACUUUUCAGUUGCAGAUGUUGAAAUGCAUAGUGACUAAUAUGGCAGAUUGUCAUGGGCGAUUUCCCUUCAUCUUGCUUUCUCUAUUUUCACUAUGUAACCUUGCCUCACUUUUCCUCCACUUUGGAACCAGGGUAUGUUAACUGCCCAGCAGUCUUUUGGCUUUUUUUCUUUUUAAGUUGGCUUGCUCCUUUCUAAAAGAUUUUAAAUAAAUGUCAUAGUUGGACAGAA